CCAAAAUCUAUUUAAAAAGUGAUACAGAUACAGGAUACAGGAUUACGAACGAAAUUGUGUUAAUUUAAAAUACUUAAUUUAGUUAAAUUAGAGGUCAUUGCCUGACAGCACGACAUAGAAUUUCACUGUCAAAAAAAAUUUAUUCUUAUUUCCAUUUAAAUCGAGAAGAAAAUAUUCUGCAAAUUAAUUUAUCAAAUAAGGCUCUUGUUGCUUGUUGCUUCUUUAUUACCAUAUUCGACGUCAAAAAGAGCGGAGUGUGAUGAAGGAGUAAAGUAAUGACAGGAAAAACGGCGGCAUAGACUAUAUCCAUUUUACAGGCGCAGUUGAAUGUCAAAUUGAAAAAAAAAUCUAUCAAAAUGGCCAAGAAAAAGCUGUGAAGCUUCCAUUGUUUUGAAAAAUAUUUAUUUAUUUUUUGUAAAAAGAAAAAGCGCAAACGAAAAUGAAAGAAAUUAAUAUUAACAUAGAAGGUUACAAUGUAAAUGGUAUCUGCGUCGGUUGUUUGAACUACAAUCGCAGGAUGUUCUGUUGCAACGAAGUUAAGGAAUGCUUUAAACUAUUAGGAAAUAUCGACGUACCAGACGGUUUAACAGUUCAAGUAUGCUGGGAGUGCUUUGCUGCCAUCAGAACUGUAAAAAGAUUUCAAGAACAAAUUUUAAAAUCCUACGAUAUCCUCUAUGACUAUUCUAAAAAGUACAUGUUUCUAAAUUCACCGAAGGAUUUAACAAAACAUGCGACUUCGCGACUGGUUAUGACCCCAAUGGAGCUCACAACAAUACAAGACAAUAACAGUAAUCUGUCGAAUGAAGUUCACGUGAAAAUUGAACGUGAGAAUGGUGAUGCAUUUGUUGAACCUGAUGCAUUGCUGAACGAAGAAUUGAAACUGGAAAAAGAUCAAGAGGAAGAUUAUGCAGAUGAUUUUCAAUCUCAAGACGCUGGAGUCUCGUCCGAGGAAGACGUCAAUCUUUUGUUGUUAAAAGAGGAGAAGGAAAAGCAGGAAAAGAAAAAGAGAAAGAAGAAUAGAAAAAUGGCAAAACCUGAGAAAAAAGAAAAAAUAUCCCGCAAAUUGAAGAAUCUACCCGUGAACCAAGUUGAACUGUGUCACAUGCAAGAAAGCGAAAUGUGGGUAGUGAGAAAAAAUGAUGUCGAGAACGAAUACUUUCAAUCGUUGAAGUAUAAGUGCUCUGACUGUCUAAUCGGCUUCAACACGGCGAGGCUCAUGUGUGAUCAUAUGGAAGGAAAGCACAGACCUAAGGGCGCCGGCAGCCACAAGUGCGACGUGUGCAACGUUUAUCUGCUCACGAAAGACAAUUUACUGCUGCACAGGUCCUUGCACCAGAUCGCGUAUAUGUGUGUUAAGUGCGCCUACAAAACAACCGUCAAGAAGAUUAUGUCGAAGCAUCUUUAUACCCACAACGAGGGUAUGAAGGAAGAAUACGUCUGUUCGAUUUGUGGCAGCGAAUUCGGGACAAAAUCGAAAUUGAAUUACCACAAAGCGGCUUGGCAUCAGGAGAAGCCACAGUGCGACUGCUGCGGUAAAGUCUUCGCCAGUAAGAUGACAUUAAAAUAUCAUUUAAGAGUAGUGCCUCAAAAUAAAGAGGAGAAGCCGAAGGAGAAACUGUAUAUACCGUGCAAAGGAUGCAGCAAGGUGUUCCACUCGAAGAAAAGCUACAGGGCUCAUGCGGUGGUGCAUUCGGGGAUGACGUAUCCGUGCCCGAUAUGCGGGAAGCUGUUCCAGUGGAAGCGGAACCUGGCCCGCCACACGAGGAACCACCGCGAGAAGGACACGGGCGCCGUGUACGAGUGCCGGGAGUGCAACAAGACCUUCGCCAGCCGCGACUGCUACGCCAACCAUCUUAGGCUGAGCAAGAAGCACGCCCCGCCAGAUUCCUACGUUCACGAAUGCAGUUUCUGUGGUAAGAAGUUUGCAACUAAAUGGUGUAUGGUCGACCACGUGGACUGGGAACAUUUGAAGAUCAUAAAAUAUCAGUGCAGCGUUUGUUUUAAGGCUUUCAAAACUUCCAAAAUAUUAGUGGCCCACGUCAAUAAUAUUCACGGCGGCAAAAAGAAGGAGGAGGAAAGCGAACGUCUCUGUGAUAUCUGCGGGAAGUCUUAUAAGACAGAGAAACGACUCAAAGGCCACGUUUGGGCGAUGCACACGAAGAGGUCUACGGCCAAGAGCUUCAAAUGCAAACUCUGCCCGGCCACAUUCACAUGGCAGACCUCAAUAUACAAGCACAUGAAGAUGAUGCACGACAGCAAGAGGAACAAGCAAACAAGGUCUCAACCAGUUAAGAAGGAGGAUCCGUAUCCGGGUAUCGAACUGGCGAACCGCGAUCACUAUUUCCAGCAAAACAUUAACUUAAUGCAGAACAUUGUACAGUCGGUACACGUGCAACCCUUGGAGGUAGUUCACAAUUUAGGGUAAAAAAGUUUAGGUAUUUUUCUUCUGAAAGACUUUAAGUGUCUCUUCCCAGUGAUCGUCUUUUGUUAAAGUAGAUGUGUCUACAAAUGUUCUAAAGUAAUCAACACAAGUCACGCUCUAUUGUGACCAUGUAUGUCUAAACAUAUGAAAUAAACAUUUUUAUAAGAAUAAUUAUAUAAUGGAUCCUCAACACUAUUUAAAACUUCGACUUUAAAUGACUUCCGAUAUUUCAUUAUUGUGAAUACCGUAAAUUUGUAUUGUCGGGGUGAAUUCAGAUUCAUCAGUCCUCAGUCUAUCAGUAAUCAUGAGUUUCUCAGCAGUGCCGAAUUACCGGGAAAAUAUUACACAUUACCGGGACUAUAUUUUACUUUUAUUCGUACUUGUCUCGCAUUUGUUAUUGUUUUCAUUGGCUCAAUACUUUACGGUUUUCAUUGGCUUGAACGACCCACCACAUUAAAUCGUAAAAGCAGUCUUAAUAGAUAUAAUGAUUGAAAUUUUUACUAAACUAUCACAUCCACGCUUGAAAGGCAAACGUGACUAAGCGACAAUAACUGCUUUGUACAUAAAUGAUAGGCAAUAACCAUAUUCGAUGCGCAAAAAAUAUAUAUUUCUAGGUCUAUUAAAAUCAUUUCCAUCCUACAGCUACUAGUUAGAUUCUACUACAGCUAGAUUCGUUUCAAUUUUUAUUUUUUUCAGGUAUUUCAACUUUAAAUUAGUCUUCUGUAAAGUUCACACAUUGUCGCUUAGUCAUGUUUGCCUUUCAAGCGUCGACAUUUAUGUGCUGUACAUGUUAAAAACAUUCCCCAGAAAAGUAUAUAAAGUUUCAACUUUUUAUUGACUAUUUAUUGAUUAUAUAUUACAAGAUUUUUAUUGACUAUCAUUGAAAAAAAAGAAUCAAAUUAACAUUAAUAAGUUGUUAUUAGUACCCACAUUUUAUGAUGAAAUAUUUUAUUGAUUUUAAAAGAUAAACUGUUGAACAUUCUACAAGAGGAAUAAUUUAAAUAUAAUUAUUUAUCUCUUCAAUAUGUACUCCUUAAAUGAUUGUAUUAUCUUUGAAACUAAUUUUUAGAUGUUCUGGGUUACUGACGUAGGGGCUGCAAAUAAUUGAAAAUUAAUGGUAUUUCUUAUUGUGAAUAGCAAUAUGAAUAUUUAACUUUCAAUUAAUUUUUUCAAUAUUGAGAAGACAUUCUAUUAUAAAUUACGAAAAACGUAAUGAGGUAUUAAGUUUACCAAUGAAAUGGUCACAAUUAGACAACUCUGAUGAGAUAGUCUGAUGGUCUGUCAACUGUGAUAAUCAGGAUCAACAUCCUGACUAUGGAACUCCUCAUCUCUUAGCAGCUUAGAAAUUAAGUAAGUGUUCUAUUCAAAUGUGAUAACUCUAUCUGUAUCAAGUUUCAAGGAUCAUCAUUAAAAUAUUGCUUUUACACUGUUUUUUUUUACUCUGUUUUUUACCAUUUCAUUAAUGGGUAUUGCCAUAUUAUACAAUAGUAUUAUUACUUUAAGCGUUUUUUGUAAAUAAAUGAUUUCAGUAUA